AUGCGCAGACCACGCAUGAACUCGAAGCCGCCUGCACCCGACCUCUCGAAGACUUACUGGAAGCCAUCAUUUCCUGAUGGCAUGACUUCUGCCGUGAAGAGAGAGCACCCCAUCCUAAGAUGGGGCGAUUACAACGAGUCGACAGGACUAUAUGUCUGGCAAAACGAAAGAUUCAAGGGUAACAACCCGGGUUAUGUCACUCAAUCAAAACGGGCACUCGAGGGCAUAUGGUAUGGUAUCGAAAACAANCCCCAUUGCAAUCGCUGUGAGAAAUCGGAUCGUAGCUGCACAAAGGUUGUCGACGAUACUCUUGCCAUCACAACAUGUGCGAGAUGCCGAUUAGGUCCAAAGGCGGGCUGUUGCUUUGCUAAUGGUGGUAAGAGAACCUCGAGUGCCGCGGUAUGUCAGAAAUCAGCAGGAGCUUCAGCCAAGGUUAUACUAAGUCACGAUCAGGUUACGACCAAAGAACCAUCGCGUAACAAGGAUAAUGAAGACGCGGAAGGCUCAAACCAUCAACCACCUGCGAUACACCACAGAAGUUCUGCAAUCCACGGCAGAAGCGGUGCAGCCACAGAGCGACCAGACAAUCAGCCACCGGCAAAGCGCCAUAAAAGCUCCAACUCGGAAUCCAGGCGGAUUGUCCAAGAGGACUCGGAUGAUGAGAUGCCGAUUAAGAGAUUCCUCAACCGUCGCAGGACUCAUGCUGGGCCUGCCACCAAGCCACGAUCAGGAAAUGUCCAUCUUCAGGACACCACUAAAGCUGCUGGUACACACGAAAAGAUUCGCCGGCGAACAGUAAUCGAGAUACCGGACUCGCCACCGCCAUCUCCUCUCUUCUGCACGCCCGAGCCCACAGAGCUCGAUCAAGUACGCUCUACUAAAGUAGACGUCCAACUGAACGAUUACUCCAAGGGCACAGGUGUAAUCCAAGAGCGCCUUCGUGCCUUGGAAGCCGAGAACCAAUCAGAAAAGCGUCAGAACCAGGAGAGAGUUCGCAAGCUCGAAGAACAGAUCUCUUCACUCAGAGAACAGCAGGACCACAAGCUCAAAGAAGAAGUCCGCGAACUUCGUAAGAAAAUGAACUAUGCUAUUAACGAGCUCAUGAUGCAGCAGUUGAAGAAAGCUGAAGUUGGAAGUUGA